UAUCGACCUAACUCGACGGGUCCCGUCCCUUCAACGGCCAAAACCGCGUGCGCACGACGGAUCGAAUCCACUCUACUCGCCUGCGACCGAGUCAGUCAAUUACUCGCUCCCCCCGACCGUGGUCUACGUGGUUGAUCGCCGAUGACCUGGACGUAAAUAAGUCUAUCGCCUUCGUCCGUUGCGUUGCGUUGCUUCUUCAAUCCCUCCUUUCUCGAUAUCCGCCGGUCGCAAUACUACAACUACCGAGGUUUGACUACUUUUGUCCGGCAUAGACGAUCAUGGCGACCAUGAAUGGGGUUGCUAUGCCCAUGGAACACGAUGUUGCGAACCGACAGAGCAUUCCCCAACAAGUGGAUAUGAAUGGGCAAAUAUCCCAAGGGAGCACGCGAACGAAUUCCUUGGGAGCGGAGUUCUUCAAAUUUUUCGGUGGUGGGGGUGGGGGUGGCAGCGGCAACAACGGGGUGAAGAAAAACAAUCGAGAGGGUCAACCGGCCAAGCGACGGGGUCCCAAACCCGAUAGUCGACCCGCUUUGACCCGGCGGCAAGAGCUGAAUCGGCAGGCGCAGAGGACCCACCGCGAACGCAAGGAACAGUACAUCCGAUCGCUAGAGACCGAGGUAUCCCGCUUACGGGAGGCCUACACCCACGAGAUCUCCGCCGCCAACCUGACGGUUCACCAGCACCGUGAGAUGGUGCAGUCCUUAUCCGAUGAGAACAGCAUCUUGAAGGAGAUGCUCGUCGCCCAGGGCGUCCACUACGAGGUCGAGCUGGAACGCCGCAAGGCCGAACGCCCGCGAAAUACGACCCCCGUCUUCAACUCCAGUCCGUUCAGCGGGAGCAUCACGUCGCAGCCGUCCGCCGCGCCUCUAUCGAACGACAACCUCUACACGACCCCGCCGACCACCGUCUCCAUGUCGUCGAGCGUCAGUCCGCACACGAACGCAAUCGGACCGGAACAUGUGGAAGUGUCACCGACGCAGAACCCGAUCCCAGGCGUCCAUGCGUACAACGCAGCACCCUGCGACGCCCUAGCCACGCUCGACCGGAUAGCACCGAAAAACCGAACGCCAGCCAAUCCCGACGGGAUCUUCGAGCUGGACAACCAGCUCCAAGUCGAUUUCGUCUUGACACUGGAAUCCCCGUGUCGCGAACACACAGACUACCUCUGCCGACGAUCCGUAACAGAAGCCGACGACGAAGACAUGCCAUUCUCAGGGCACGCAUUAAUGGCCACAUGCCCACCACCCAGCUACAUCAGCGACACGACGCCCGAACAGGCCUACCCGCACAAGACCUACGACCUCCCCCACGUCAACCUCGCAACGCUCCUCAACCUCAGCCGCCAGCUCGUCACGGAGGGGCAGAUCACGCCGAUCAUGGCGCUCCAGUGUCUCAAGAACCACGAGCUGUACCACCGGCUGACCCGCGACGAUAUCAAGAUCGUGGUCGAGACGCUCAGCACCAAGGUGCGGUGCUAUGGGUUCGGUGCUGUUAUGGAGGAUUUCGAGCUGGAGGAUUGUUUGAGUAGUGUUGUGGGGGCGAAGGUUGAGAUUGGGUAUGCUUAUGGGGGUGAUGAGACGAUGUAUUCAUGAUUGUUUUAUUGAUUCUUCUAUUGUCUCUUUUACUUCUUUCUUUCUUUCAAUCCUUAUUUUCCUUCUUCUGUCUUUCUCUAUUUCGCUUUUUUACUUCCAUUUUCAUUUCUAUUUCUUUCGUGCACGUCGUGGGUUGAGACAAUAAUAAUGUACAUAAAAGCGCUGGGGUUAUGAACGGUGAUAAUGAU